UUUUUAUCUUUUAAGAGAAUUUCGACAGCCCAGCUUCACAUAAAUAGACGGUCAAGACUGAGCAGUACCUUCGAAAGCGUACCCAAUAAGCUAGCUCCGAUCAAGUGCAUCGCCUGGAGAACCUCUUUCAUCGGACUCAUUACUUUCGCAUCUUCCUCGAGUAAGAAUGGUUUCCCAAGCUGGGGCUAUCAAGUCCCAUCCGGUCUAUUUCCACAUGAUCAACAAGAUCGCCCCAGGUGUCUUCCGUCUAAUAGUUACUCUGUUAGAAUCAAGACCAGACUCUGGUUCCGGUGAUUCCAGUGACGACAGCGACACCUACUCGUCCAAGGCAAACGACAACACCGACACUGACUGGACAUGGCCUAAUAACAAAGAUAACAAUGCUUGGAUGAUUGAGAAUUUCAAUGAGGAUACGUACAACGGAUACAAACCCUUCCAUCAGAGCUCCGCGGCCUUUUUUGUUCAAGAUGUUGGCUGGCCAACCUACGACGCCCAGGGGAAUUUUCUAGCAUGGAAGCAGCUGCCAAGCCUUUCAGACAUUGCCAACGCUGUUUGGAAUCUUCUCGACAAAACCACUCAGCAGAACAUAAAGAAUUGGGUGGCAACCUGGACAUCCGAUUCCGGCAAGAGCAUUGCAGACGCCAUCUACGAGGUAGUGAAGAUGGCGCUCAAGAAUCUCGGAGUGCCUCCAUUUGUGAUAAGGGUCAUCCUUGGAGUCAUUGUGCCGAGACUUAUUACAUGGAUUGCGGCAAAUAUCGACAGCUUGACGGUCAAAAGCAGCUAA